AUGGGCAUCCAUGAUGUUAGUGUCAUGCUAGAGACUCUCAAUAGAGAUGCCCAACAUGCUACUAUCGCCAAGUUCAUUCAAAAUGAACUUGACGCUGAACGCGAGAAAGUAGCCUUGCUUCACCAACAAGGUUCUCAACAAGCAGAGUUGUUGAGAGAACAGGGUGCUCAACAGUUUGAACUGUUGAGACAGCAGCAGGCUGCUGCUGGCGGGUCGAUGCACUCGCGUCGACCCGAGACUUUGAAGAUUGACAUCUCCAAGUAUAGGGGAGUCAAAGAAGACUCCCUCUUGAGAUGA